AUGUUAUCUUUAGAUCUUGCUACCCAAUAUGGGCCUCUGCCUAACUGGUUAACUACCAGUAUUAUCCUCUUCUUUAUAUUUAUCCCGGUCAUCGUCGCUGUCAAAAACUACCUACGACUUAAACAUGUGCCCGGUCCGUUCUGGGCUCAGCUAACCGAAUUUUGGCUCAUGCGAAAGAUCUGGAAGGGAGAAAGCUGGGCAGACAUAGAGCUGAAGCUGCACCAAGACUAUGGUGAUGUUGUUAGGUGGGGACCAAGGAAUGUUCUCUUCAGUGACCCUGCCGUCAUCCCCAUCAUCUACGGAACUAACAAUGUGUUUAACAAGGCAAAGUCUUACGAUCCAGCAACGACAAUGGUAAACGGAAAGAUACUCGAGUCUUUCACAACGACCCGAGAUGAGAGCCGAGUACAUGCUAUCAAGCGACACAUAAAUUCUGCAUUUACGCCCCGCGCCAUGACGAAAUACGAGUCUCAUGUGGACGAAAGUAUUCGAAUGGUCAAUAAGCUGAUCUCAGAGCAAACUCCAAAGGUUAAUCUGGUUCGAUGGAUGGAACUAUUUGCCUUCGACACCAUGGUCCGAGUCGCUUUCAGUGACGGCAACUUCACCGAAGACAAGGUCCAUGACACAAUCCAGGGGGUCAAGCAGCGGUUUGAACAUUGGGUUCAGUGGUACGCUGUGCCAAACCUUGAAAAGUUGUUUUUCAAGAACCCGUUCAUCAAAGGUCGUACAACGCCUAGUUUAUUGACAGAGCGAGCUUUCAACGUGGUCCAGGAGAGAGAUGCUAUGGGCGGAGUGGGAUCACACUCAGACCUCCUGGAAAGCUAUAUGCGUGCCAGUCAGGAGGAUCCAAACGUCUUUGACCGGGAAACAGUGGUUGGUUUGGUCAUGUCGACUAUUCAUGCCGGCGCCGAGACUGUCGCAUCAACUCUGCUUGACACGUUCCGAUCUCUCUUGGAGAACCCGGCAGUCAUGGCUACGUUGAAGAAAGAGCUGGAAGAUGCUCAAUUAGAGUCUCCUCCCACCUUCCAAUCAGUCGCCAAGUUGCCCUACCUAGAGGCGGCAUUGAAGGAAUCUAUGCGUCUGAAUUCUGUCAACGUCGCACCUAUGGAGCGGGAAGUGCCGGCUGGUGGUGCACACAUCGGUGGCAUUUACCUUCCCGGCGGUACCGCUGUUUCUAUCAAUACCCGGGGUAUGGCCCGUAAGGAGGAUGUCUGGGGCCCAGAACCCACUCGAUUCCGACCGGAGCGUUGGCUCGAGGCUGAUGCGGCACAGAGGAGUAAGAUGGAACGAGCAUUUCCAGGCUUUGGCUAUGGUAAGAGGAUGUGUAUUGGCCAGCAUAUAGCCUGGAUCGAGAUGAAGAAAAUGCUCCCGGAGUUGCUACUCAACUACAAUGUAAGAAGCUCUUUGCCCUCUUUUCUUUAA